AUGGGCGACUACAAGCCACUGGAGCACGCGACCAUGGCGUCCGAAGUCCCAGAUGUCCCCAAGAUGCCUCGUGGAACAAAAAACGAUCUCUCGCAGAGACAGAGCUCCGUCCUAUAUCACCAUCUUCGCCAGCCACCACUCAAUAUCGUCGAUGGUCGAGGGAGUUUCUUGAUCACCGACUCAGGCCAAGAGAUACUGGAUGCCACCUGUGGCGCCGCUGUGGCAUGUCUUGGACACAGUGACUCGAGAGUUCACGAAGCCAUCAUGGAACAGUUGCAGAAAUUCCCGUAUUGUUACUCGAUGUUCUUUACAAACAACGCUGCUGAGGAGCUGUCUCAAAUUCUGGUGGAUUCCACUGGAGGUCUCAUGUCCCGUGCAUAUAUUGUGAGCUCAGGUACCGAAGCAGUCGAGGCAUCGCUCAAGAUGGCCGUACAAUACUACAUGGAAAUGUCUCCUCCGCAGCCGCAACGAGUCAAUCUUAUUGCCAGAAAACGAUCAUAUCACGGCAAUACCCUCGGCUCUCUUUCCGUGGGUCAUCAUGUCGGGCGACGAGCGCUGUUUGAGAAAAUCCUGGCCAAGAACGUCCAUCAUGUAUCGCAGUGCUACCCUUACCGCGAAAUGAGAGAUGAAGAGUCAGAGGGGGAAUAUGUUGCUCGUCUGGCUCAAGAACUGGAAGACAAGUUUCAAGAGCUUGGUCCAGACACUGUGUGUGCCUUUGUCGCAGAGACAAUGACUGGUGCGACUCUGGGAUGCGUCCCCGCUCUUCCAGGGUACCUGGCAGCCAUGAAAGAAGUAUGCCAGAAGCAUGGAGCCUUGCUGAUCCUGGAUGAAGUCAUGUGUGGCAUGGGCCGCACAGGCACACUGCACGCUUGGGAGCAGGAAGACGUGGUUCCUGACUUGCAAACUGUGGCCAAAGGGCUUGGUGGAGGCUACGCCCCGGUUGCAGCCCUUCUGGUGAGCCGUCACGUCGUGGACACGUUGAGCCAGGGCACCGGCGCGUUCUCUCACAGUCAGACUUAUCAAGGGCAUCCGGUGUCGUGUGCGGCCGCGUGCCGGGUUCAGCGGAUUGUUCAAGAGGAUAAUUUGCUUACCAAUGUCCGUGAGAUGGGCGUAUAUCUCGGUCAGCGACUCCAUCAGGCAUUUGACGCGUAUCCCCAUGUCGGAAACGUUCGUGGACGGGGGCUUUUCUGGGCAAUUGAAUUCGUUCAAGAUAAGCAAACGAGAGAGCCAUAUCCCCCGUCUCAGGCGGUUGCUUGGAAGAUCCACAAAACAGCAUUACAACCGGAGUAUUCGGUUUCGCUACUUCCGGGCAAUGGGGGAAUUGACGGAAUCAAUGGUGAUCACAUCUGCUUUGCACCUCCAUAUAACUGUAGCAGACACGAAAUUGAUGAGGUUGUGGACCGUGCUUUCCGUGCAGUUCAGAAGGUGCUUGGGACAAGUGUCAAUUGA